GCAAGCAAGGGGAGGAUCAUCCUGCCUAGCAACGUCAUGAAAUCAGAAUAGGAGCCGUUCACUCAGCGCAGCGCUGGCUGCUCUCUUCGCCACUGUGCAUCGCUCCGUCCGUCCGCCCGCCCGCCCGCCUGCCUGAGAAGCGGCCAGACCCAGGGGCACGGAUUAUGAAUGGGGGGAGGAAUGAAUGAGGAUCAAAGCAGCCUCUGCAUCCACGCGAGACGCCUUUGUGUGACAGACCGGGGGGGCUGACAAAGACACAGGGCACGGAACGACCAUACAGGAGAGGAGAGGAGAGCGGCAGAGGAAGCGGCUCGCUAACGAACCGACGAGCGGCGGCAGCAGGACGCAGAGAGAGGACAAGCAGGAAGGGGUGGGGAGAGAAGGAAUUUGGACCAGAAAUACAAAAAGACGGAAGACUAACGAUGCGAAAAAUAAGCGGCGUCGAUGGAAUGACGGACUACUAUCACAGCUGGCAGGAGCGCUUGUCCAUAACCGUGGGGUGAGGGUGCCAACUGUGUCACGAGAAACGAGCAGCAGCCGCCUCUGCACUGCCCAGACGAGUGCGAUAGCGAGAAAGACAAGCAUGCGUCCUUGCUGCAGGACAGCAUUUCACCAAUAGUACUUCCUGAGUGACCACCACCAUGGGCUACGGGUCAGCCCUCUGCUGGGCACCCUAGCGAGCUUUUCUCCAGGCAAGUGGGCACCGUCCCGUCAUGCCCAGACGGCCGACGCCUGACUGGCUGUGAGUGGCGUUGAUGUGUGCCAGUGGCGCUAGGCAGCCAGGAUGCAGUGGAGGCGGCGGCACUGCUGCACACACAUCGCCGUGCUCCUCUCCCUGCUCUCCUUCGUAGGCCUGCUCCUCAUCCUCGGCCACCAGGACUGGCGGCCCGGACGCUCGGGCAGGAGGGAGGGCCAGAGCGCUGCUGCGGCGGCCGCCCGCGGGCCGGGGCAGCCCAGAGCGGCGGAGGCCACCCACGGCCAGGGCCGCAACAACAGCCUCCUGCCCCGCGUCAGCCCGGCGUGGAGGGAUUCCCUGGCGCCGCCGGCCCACGCCCAGCCCAAGCCCGCCGUGGUGAACCUCAGCUCCUUCCCUGAGGAGGAGGGCGGCGUGGCCGGCCUGGAGAACUCGCUGGGCGCCAACAGCAGCCUCAGCGAGGAGAUGAAGGCGGCCGGCUCCACGCUGCUCCUCGAGCCCUACGAGUACAUCCUGAACGAGCCCGACAAGUGCCGGGACGCCACGCCCUUCCUGGUGCUGCUCGUCGCCACCGAGCCGGAGCAGAGGGAAGCCCGGGACGCCAUCCGGCAAACGUGGGGGAACGAGAGCGUGGCCGACGGCCUGGCGAUGGUGCGGCUUUUCCUGCUGGGAACCAGGAACGCCAGCAGCAGGGCAGAAGGCGAGGAGCUCCACCGCUCUCUACGAGCCGAGAGCCAGGCGUACCACGACAUCAUCCAGCAGGAGUACCUGGACACCUACUACAACCUGACCGUCAAGACUCUGAUGGGAAUGCACUGGGUGGCCACCUACUGCCCCGGGGUCAACUACGUCAUGAAGACGGACAGCGACAUGUUCGUCAACACCGAGUAUCUCAUCCAGAAGCUGCUCCGGCCCGGCACGCAGCCGAGGAGGAGGUACUUCACCGGGUACCUCAUGCGAGGGUACGCGCCAAACCGCAACAAAAACAGCAAGUGGUACAUGCCACCGGAGCUCUACCCGAGCGAGCGCUACCCGACGUUCUGCUCCGGAACAGGGUACGUGUUCUCGGGAGACAUGGCGGCCAGGAUCUACAGGGCCUCGUUGAGCAUACGGCGGCUUCACUUAGAGGACGUCUACGUGGGGAUCUGCUUGGCCAAGCUGCGGAUCGACCCGACGCCUCCGCCAAACGAGUUCCUGUUCAACCACUGGCGCGUCUCCUACAGCAGCUGCAAGUACAGCCACCUAAUCACCUCGCACCAGUUUCACCCCAACGAACUGCUCAAGUUCUGGCACCACCUGCAGAGCAACAAGCACAAUGCCUGCAUCAACACACCCAAAGACAAAGAGAGGGGCGGGAGGCUUCGCCAAAGAAAGCUGCACUGGGGCCAAGUUCUUGGGUGAUUACAAUUCCGUUAGAUUGAGAUUCAAACUCUAUGGCCAUGAAGUUAAGGUCUGAAGGAAAGGCAUCACAAAAGAGGAGUCAAAAGCACAAGAUGGUAUGGGACAUUAUCUGUUGACAAAGUUUUUCAAUCGUUUCAGUUUUUGUGGUCCAAAGUACAAAUUUUUAUGUACAUAUUACUAUAAGAGCAAAAAUAAAUCUGAGCAAACUAA